AACUGUUGUAUAUUUUGGGCUAACGCAUGUUCCGUAGGGGGAAAACUCCGGGAGUGGGAGGGGCAGCUUCGGGGACGUUUAGUGUUGUGAUGUACGGCCUGUGAACGGACGGUGUUGAAGAAAUAAAGCAGUAUUCAUCACGUCGUUGCCCGAACCUUCCUUGCUACCUCAGAACCCGGAAAGUAGUAAGGACAUAACAAAACUGGCGACGAGGACGUCUGGACUGACGCGUGUUGGCCGGAUUCGUCUCGACGGGUGGAGUGGGUUGGUGGACUGUGGCAACGUCGUGAGUAGUGUGGCGAAGAAAAAAAAAGAAGAGUGGCCUGCUGAGGGGAGACGUCUGUAGGGCAAGCAGUGCCAUACAAACAGGAACUUGUAAUGGCCGGAAUGAUUGGCUCAAUUGGUCCCUUUGACGAAAGUGUUGAACAAUGGGGCUCGUAUACUGAGCGUUUCGAUUACUUCGCCAUGGCUAAUGAUAUAAAGGAGGAGAAGCUGGUGCCCACGUUUUUGAGUGUAAUGGGGCCGAAAACGUUUACCUUGCUACGUGACCUACUGCAACCAGAAAAGCCCGGCAGUAAAACAUACCGAGAAAUAGUGGAUGUACUGGCAAACCAUCUUUCACCGAAACCCCUGGUAAUCGCAGAAAGAUUCCGAUUUCACAGACGCAGCCAAGAAGAGGGCGAGUCGGUCACCCAGUUUGUGGCGGGCCUACGCAAGCUGGCUGAACGGUGUAAGUUCCGGGAUGUGUUAAAUGACACUUUGAGAGACAGGCUGGUAUGUGGACUUAGGAACGAGGCAGCGCAGAAGAGAUUACUCACAGAAAGUGACUUGACUUUGGAGAAGGCCAUUAACAUCAGUGUAACAAUGGAAAUGGCGAAAAAGGAGGCCCAGCAACUAAGUGCUACAGAAAGAGUGCACCAACUCAACAAUGAUAAACCGAACGCGCAAGGGCCAUGUUUUCGCUGUGGUAGAUCUGGACAUCUUGCAUCAACGUGCUGGUGCAAAGAGAUGGACUGUCGUAACUGUGGAAAAAAAGGGCACAUAGAGCGGGCGUGCCGAAGUAAACAGGACAUGGACAAAAGCUCAAGGGCUGGGAACAGAAGUGACAAUAUGAAAUAUAAACAAAAAAGGCAUGUGCGCACCGUUUGCCAUGAUGAUGGAAGAAAUAGUGAUUCUUCGGAGGAAGAAGAUCCUGUAAAUACUAUACGAGCGAUGAAUGUAGGUGAGAGCUCAGAUGGCAACUGGGCUGAACCCAAGUUGGAGGGACAUGUGGUGAAAAUGCAGAUAGACACAGGAUCAAAGGCAUCACUAGUGUCACACAAGAUCUACAGGAAACUCAUGAGGCACCUUCCACUACGUCCAUCAGACACAGUGUUUAAGGCAUAUACGGGACAUCGAGUGCACAUGGAAGGGAUGACGGAUGUGACUGUUCAGUACCAUGGGCGGACAAAAAGGCUUCCCCUUUAUGUGACCAAGGGAAAUCAUCCUGCCAUAAUGGGGCGUACAUGGCUACAGGGAAUCCGGCUGGACUGGCAAGCGAUAAGGAAACUGUCACACCGUUCCUCUCCGCUACAAGAAAUACUCGAGAAACACGAAGAGGUUUUCCGUGAUGAAUUAGGCAGCAUGAAAGAUAUAACCGUUAAGUUACAUGUCAAACCUGGUAGCAAGCCUGUGUUUAUGAAAGCUAGACCAGUACCAUACGCCAUCCGAUCCAAGGUAGAAGCUGACUUGGACGCCCUGGUCAAGAAUGGGGUUUUGGAGCCGGUGACCAUCAGUGAGUGGGCCACACCCAUCGUUCCCGUACCAAAAAAAGAUGGGGGAAUUCGGACCUGUGGAGAUUUCAAGGUAACACUCAACCCGGUGUUAGCAGCAGAGCAAUAUCCACUUCCCCUAAUUGAUGACUUGUUUGCUGGACUGAGUGGGGGACAAAAAUUCAGUAAGGUAGAUCUCAGUCAGGCUUACCUACAAAUGCAUGUAGAAAAAGAGUCACGUGAAAUGUUGACCAUUAACACACACAAGGGUCUCUUCAGAUACUGCAGACUGCCGUUCGGCAUCACGUCAGCCCCGGCACUUUUUCAGCGAGCGAUGGAUCAGAUCCUUAGUGGGUUGCCUGGGGUACAGUGCUACCUUGACGAUAUCCUGUGCACUGGAUCUACCGAUGACGAGCACCUGCGCAACUUGGAUGCUACCCUUCAAAGGCUGAAGGACUACGGCUUAAGAGUCCGUAAGGACAAAUGUGACUUCUUCAAGCCAUCUGUGGAAUAUCUGGGGCAUGUGAUCGAUGCAGAAGGACUGCACACUGCACCAUCAAAAGUGGCCGCUGUCGUGGACGCGCCCCCACCUCAAAACAUCAGCCAGCUACGAUCUUUCUUAGGUCUGCUGAACUAUUACGGUCGCUUCAUCUCCAAUCUGUCAUCACUGCUUCAACCCCUGCACGAACUGUUACGCCGAGACAAAACGUGGAAGUGGACAGCCAGCUGUCAGGAGGCUUUUGAAAAGGCUAAAGGAGCGCUGACUACGUCCAAGGUCCUGACGCACUUCAACCCAUCACUUCCACUGCAGCUCGCCUGUGACGCCUCUCCUUACGGAGUAGGGGCGAUUCUCUCUCAUGUCCUGCCGGGUGGUGAGGAAAAGCCAAUCGCUUUUGCAUCGAGGACAUUGAACAAAACAGAGUCUAACUAUGCUCAACUGGAACGAGAGGCACUGAGCAUUGUUUUUGGAGUUAGGAAAUUCCAUCAAUACUUAUAUGGGAGGAAGUUUACGCUCCUGACGGACCAUCGGCCCCUCACCACCAUCCUCGGUCCGCACACUGGAAUACCGUCUCUUGCUGCAUGCCGACUGCAGAGGUGGGCUUUGUUGUUGUCGGCGCAUGCAUAUGACAUCAGGUAUCGAAAAUCAGACUUCCACUGCAAUGCGGAUGGCUUGUCCCGAUUGCCCUUGCCUGUCACAAGGCCGGAGUCGGACACGGUGGACCUUUUCUACUUCAGGGAGGUGGAGAGAGCACCUGUCUCUGCAGUGCAGGUAAAAAGGGAAACUCGGAAUGACCCGGAGUUAUCUGCGGUCGUGGACAUUGUCGUUAAGGGUCGAUCUGCUGGCGAUAAUGCGAGUCUGAAGCCUUUCCUCGGGAGGAGAUUGCAACUGUCUGUCCAGUCUGGGUGUCUACUCUGGGGUAGGAGGGUGGUCAUACCACGGUCACUUCGCUCAAAAGUGCUGCAGCAACUGCAUUCGGGACACAGCGGAAUAGUCCGAAUGAAAGAAAUAGCGAGAAGCUAUUUUUGGUGGCCGAACAUCGGAACAGUCCGCAUGCCACCACCAAGACAUCUCCUGCUAGCCUGA